AUGGUCCUCCUCCUGGGAGCCUGCCCUGAGUAUGGAUGCUUAGUAUAUGAGUUUAUGGCCAACGGGAGCUUAGAAGAUCGUCUUUUCUGCAGAGGAGACACUCCACCUUUGUCGUGGCAACUGAGGUUUCGUAUCGCAGCCGAAAUUGGAACCGGUUUGCUGUUCCUCCACCAAACUAAACCUGAGCCACUUGUACACCGUGAUCUAAAACCUGCCAACAUCUUGCUUGAUCGCAACUUCGUGAGCAAGAUCAGCGAUGUAGGGUUGGCCAGGCUAGUCCCGCCAUCAGUUGCUGACAAUGUGACACAAUACCGCAUGACAUCCACAGCCGGCACUUUCUGCUAUAUAGAUCCUGAGUAUCAGCAAACAGGCAUGCUAGGCAUAAAGUCAGAUAUAUACUCUCUAGGGAUCAUGUUUCUACAAAUAUUAACAGCGAAGCCGGCAAUGGGAUUGACUCACCAUGUUGAUAGGGCACUUGAAAAGGGCACUUUUGCUGAAAUGCUGGAUCCCGCAGUGCCUGACUGGCCGAUUGAAGAGGCAACAUUCUUUGCCAAGCUAGCACUCAAGUGUGCCGAGUUAAGACGGAAAGACAGGCCGGAUCUCGGCAAGGUUGUCCUGCCAGAACUUAACAGAUUGAGAGCACUGGCUGAAGAAACUAUGCAUCAGUCAUUGUCAUCAGCAAGUCCAGUUCCACGCUCUCCACCGUUUAGCCCAGUUUCAAUGCAACUAGUAAGCUCACUAGAAUUUAAUUCUGCAUGA